CGUCGCGGGCGCUUGCGUGAACCCCUUUUUCCCAUCUUUCUUUGUUGUUGUUGUUUUUGCUGCUGUUGUUGUUCGUGGUGUCGUUCGAAAACCUACUUUUUUCCCUGUGUGUCUGCCGCUGUGGCCUGGCUUGUGCUAGUGUAAUCCAGCGUGGUCAGUUUGAAUGUCAGUGAGUGAAGUUGAGGUGAGAUCAGGAGUUGAGGUGCUUCAGUGGCUUCAUCGGUUCCCAUGGGAACUUCAUUGGUAAAAUGAAAAUUUAAAUCCAAGUACACAGUGGAUGUAGCGUUGAGUGGUUAGUUUUUCGACAUUCGUUGUCUUGUGGGUUGGUCCCGUGGUUGUUGAAGAAGUGUAAACGCAAAGAAUGAAACAAAUGAAACCAACAAGCUGAAAGUGAGUGUGUUUGGGAGUGAAAUUAAUUGUUGGCAACAUAAAAAUACAUAAAAUUGUGUUUUUCUCUGGUGAUCCCCAGAAGAAAGUGCUUGUGAGUGUCGGUCGAAAAAGGGGGCCAAGUGUUUCUGCUUCUUUGCCGUCUCCGUGCAUUAAAAAAACCAGUAAAAACAGGCUCCAACGCACACGUACACACUGUGGCCAAGGUGCUAAAGAACCGGUCGACGACGACGACGACACGCGUGUGCUGCGUGCUUGCUUCGAGCCUUUCCGAGGCCAAUACCAGCACCUCAGCACCUCAGCCGGAAGUCACUGGUGCUGAACGAGAAAGGGGCCAACCGGCGAACCGGCUACAAGCGAAAAAAAGGAAGAUCCAUAUGCACCACACUCUGGUCUGGGCGGAUUAUUCCCGGUGCCACGGUUGAUGGAAUAGAGUGAGUGUGAGAGGGAGAGAGUGUACGCAAAAGAAGGAAUUAAAGCCCACCCAAAAAGGAGGAACAGACGACGAACCGCAUCGCAAAGAACGAACGAACGAAACGGAACAGAACCGAGUUUACGGAGGAAUAAGUCACCCUCCGGUAGCUCCGGAGAGAUCGAACCAAAAGCUCCCGGGAACGGCCUGAGGUAGCCGUAGGAUUCAUACCGGGUUGCUUCUUCUGCUGUACUUACCAGACUGUUGAAUCUUUCAUUCGUAUAAGAUUCAUUAUAACAAGCUGCGUGUAAAGCAAGGUGGACGCGGUCGCUGACGCAUCAUCGGCCGAUGUCUUCGAGUGGAGUGUCAUCGAGAAAGUCGAGUGAACCCACUUAACAGCAGAGCUGGCAGAUUUUCAUCAUUUCCUCGGAAUGAUUCCUUCCGAUGGCGAAAGUUAGCCAUCUACCAAUGAGGCGCUAUCCUACCGAACAGCCGGCAGCCAUCAAUGUAGAUCCGAUUAAUUUCUAUCCCCCGGCCAAUACAAAUCAUCAAAGGGUUGCAAAAUCCUCGGACAAAAGUAAGAAAACAUGGGGACAGCGUCUUAAGCUCAGCAAACCGACCACACCCGAGGACAAGCAGAGUGGUUCGCAGGCCGGCUCCGGUACCGGAUCGGCCUUAGUUCCGAUAAGCGCUGGCCAUCGGCAACCGCCGCAGCACGGCUACGAAUCGGUGGAUUUUAGCCACACCUCCAUCUCCUCCGGACACAACCCCUCGAUCGCGUCCAAUGGUCACACGAUGAAGUAUGCGGAAACCUGGGUGUACGGGACGGUGCGUGGUAUGCCACCACCGCUCCCACUUUCACCCCAUCAUCCAUCGCACCACCUGCCCCAUCUGGCGCACCUUCCGGCCAUCUACUGUCCACCGCCCGAGAUGGCCGUCCUGAUCUGCUGCUGCCCGGAAUACCUGAGUGGCACAAAGCGUGACAUCAAAAAGGCAUCAGUCUGCAAGAAGUGCAAAGGAUCACGGCUACCAUUGGCUCCGAUCGGUGGCACAGUUCGUCUCACGUCCGGUGCGACGUACCUUGCUCCACCACCGAUCCGUUCCAGUGCCGGAACGGUCAAGUUGGCGUCGACUUACGGCAAUAAAAAGGCUCGUCCCUCGAUCCUUGGCAAUGGCAAUCCGGAUCCGUACGAUUUUAUGCGCCGCUCCCGGCUCACCCAAUCAUCCGAGGCAUCCGGAGCGCCCGGGUCCGGCUCAAAGUCAGUAAAGACAAGUCUGAAGGAAAAGUUUCGUGGUCGCACGAAGAGCACGAGUCCUUCUCGUGGGAAGAGAGGAUCAGCUCGAUCACCUUCACCACUGACAGGAAAGGGUCGUGCGCUAGGGAACGGUUCCGGAACGGGGAACAAACAACCACUCAGCUCGUUCCAGGAUUGUUGGGUUGAGUCGGAGCGGGAUGAGCCACUGCCGGAUGAGCUGCCCGGAGAGAGGCAAUCAUCGGUGAGUCAAACGAGCGCUUCACCGAACCGCAAGUCAAUCCUGCGCUGUGACGUCAAUCCGUACGAUCUGAUCUCGCUGAGUGGUGGCGGAGGAAGUGGCCAAGGUGGUGGUGGUGGCCAAGCUGGGCUGUUGAAUGAAUUCUCACCCCACGAUGCCGGCGAUGGGGAGUUCGAUCUGCACGCACAAAAGUACGAAAACAUCCUC